GGUUCGUUUGCGAUUCACCACCAGUGACGCCAAGUUUCUUUCUGUAGUGUCAAAAAUAUCUCAAAAACUUUAAAAACCUUAACUAAUACAGCAAAAAAAAACUCAAAUAAUUUUUAUAUUAAACCAAAAAUUAUAAAACUUGAAAAACCAAAUAUUAAAAGAGUUGUACUUGUAGUUAAAAGCUUAAAAACAAAUGUCAAAGUUUCAUAACCUCCAAAUUGUGUGAAAAGCAAAAUUUUUAAUAAAAAAUUUUCGUAAAAUAAAUAAAAAAAUACAAUAGAAAUAUUCAAUUACGACGAAUAAUGAGAGAUUUACCUAUUUCAGCACGACUUGCCAUGCAAGAUCAAAAUUAUGAAGCUCCAGAAGCAAAUAGAAUCAGAAAAGUUCGACGAAGACUCUUCGAAGACGAAGAUAAGCAUGAUGAUAAAGACAAUAAUAUCAAUUUAGUAUCUGAAGAAAGAAGACGUCAUUUAGAACAGGCCAAAGAAAAGUGGAAUUUUGAUUUUGAAAAAGAAAAGCCCCUUCCCGGUAACUAUCAGUGGAUAAAAGUAAAUAAAAAAGAGACUUCAAAACAAGAAGAAAAUGAAGAUACUUUGCAAAAUAAACAAGAGGAUUAAACGGAAUAAUUAAUCAACUAUAAUCUAUACAUAUUAAAAUUAGUUACCAGCUUUUUUACACCUUUUUAAAUUUAUAUCUUAUUCAUUUGUGAGAUUUAUAAGUAAGUUUAGGACUGAUAGAGAGAGAAACAAAAUCUAAGGUUGCAAUUUAUCGCAAGAUUUUCUAGUCAAAAUGAUGAUAUUAUUAUUAUUUCUAAUAUAUUGCGAAAUACAAAACACCUUAUAAAUUAUUCUAUUAAUAUUAUUAUAAAAAACAAAGAUCUAUCUGAUUUUAAUGAAAUUUGAAUGAAUUUCUCACGUGAUAUUUAUAAUUGGAUAUUAUAACAAUAAUUAAUAAAUUUUCUGUUCAUAAUCAAUUCUCUAAUUGUUAGUGCAAUAUAUGUGUAAAG